AUGGAAGAUAAUCCAGCAAAGAUGAAGCAAUUCGUGCUGAGCGAGCUCGGCAAACUCUCUCAACAUGUCCAGAGCGUGGUGGAAAGAACCGAGCUCACCAACAUCUCCUGGGCGCCGCUAAAGCUCCGGUGGCCGUGGGAUCUUCUCCGCGGAGAGAUCUGCAGAGGCAACGUCUGCGUCGCCGGCGACGCCCUGCACCCGAUGACGCCGGACAUCGGCCAAGGCGGCUGCUCCGCCCUGGAAGACGGCGUCGUUCUGGGGAGGUGCUUCGGCGAAGGCUUCCUGGCGAAAAACCAAAACGGAGGCGAGUGGGGAAGGAUCGAAAAAGCGGUGGAGAAGUAUGGGAAGGAGAGGAGGUGGAAGAGUGUUGGGCUGAUAGCGGCGGCGUAA